ACUUAUACAAUCACAGUAACUAGCAAACAGUCUUCUAAGGAACUGAUUACAGAAAUACACAAAGUUAGAGAAUAUGGGAACUUUAAUUGGGUUGAGGCAUUGGCCUCAACUCAUCUAUGCAAUUGCAUUUUGCUUAAUUGCAAGCAGUGUAGCUGCUGAUGAUGAUAAGCCUUACUAUCAAAGCCAACCAAACAAUUAUUAUCCAACACCACCAAGUCAUGGACAACAGCCGCCAUAUUACUACAAGUCUCCACCCCCACCAUCUCCUUAUGUCGAUAAAUUCCCUCCAUAUUACUACAAAUCUCCACCUCCUCCUUCUCCAUCACCACGACCACAUUAUGUCUACAAAUCUCCUCCACCUCCAUCACCUUCUCCUCCCCCACCAUACGUUUACAACUCACCACCACCUCCGUCCCCUUCACCUCCUCCAUAUAUCUACAAGUCACCGCCUCCUCCAUCUCCUUCACCUCCCCCACCAUAUGUCUAUAAGAGCCCGCCACCACCUUCUCCAUCACCACCGCCUCCAUAUAUCUACAAGUCACCUCCUCCACCAUCUCCUUCACCACCUCCACCAUAUGUUUAUAAGUCUCCACCACCCCCUUCCCCUUCACCUCCUCCACCAUAUGUCUACAAGUCGCCACCCCCACCAUCUCCAUCUCCACCACCUCCAUAUAUUUAUAAGUCUCCACCCCCACCAUCACCUUCUCCCCCUCCACCAUAUAUCUACAAGUCUCCUCCUCCACCAUCCCCCUCCCCUCCCCCACCAUAUCUUUAUAACUCGCCACCACCUCCAUCACCUUCUCCUCCUCCUCCAUAUGUUUACAAGUCACCACCUCCACCUUCCCCAUCUCCACCACCUCCAUAUGUUUAUAAGUCCCCACCCCCACCCCCACCAUCACCUUCACCCCCUCCGCCAUAUGUAUACAAGUCUCCACCUCCACCAUCUCCAUCCCCACCACCUCCAUAUGUAUAUAAGUCUCCUCCUCCACCAUCUCCUUCACCACCACCACCAUACGUCUAUCAAUCUCCACCCCCGCCAUCUCCUUCACCACCACCUCCAUAUGUAUAUAAGUCUCCUCCUCCACCAUCUCCUUCACCACCACCUCCAUAUAUCUACAAGUCACCACCACCGCCAUCUCCUUCACCGCCCCCUCCAUAUGUGUACAAGUCACCACCCCCACCAUCCCCUUCACCACCUCCUCCAUAUAUUUACAAGUCUCCACCACCACCUUCCCCUUCUCCUCCUCCACCAUACUAUUAUAAGUCCCCUCCUCCUCCUUCUCCUUCACCGCCUCCUCCAUAUGUGUACAAAUCUCCACCUCCACCAUCCCCUUCACCCCCACCUCCAUAUGUUUACAAAUCUCCACCCCCGCCAUCUCCUUCACCUCCUCCACCUUAUGUUUAUAAGUCACCACCACCUCCCUCACCUUCACCACCUCCUCCAUACUAUUACAAAUCUCCACCUCCACCUUCUCCAUCACCUCCUCCACCAUAUGUCUACAAGUCACCACCACCUCCUUCACCUUCACCGCCGCCUGCUUAUAUUUACAAGUCUCCACCUCCACCAUCUCCAUCACCUCCUCCAUAUCAUCCCUACCUCUAUAACUCACCCCCACCUCCCAUCUAUUAAGCUUCUUGCUAAAGCCGUAUGAAACUUUUCAAUGAAUCAUGUUAAACAUUGUUGUUGUUAAUUUGUAUUAAGCUUUUAUUUUUCAAUAAAACAAUCUGCAUUGGAUUAAGAACCUAAUUUUUGUUCUAGUUUAAUUGUGUAUGUAUGGUGCCAGUUCAUAAGUCUAUAUUAUAUAUUUCCUUUA